GGGCGUCCCCGGCGCAGGGCGGGAGAGGGGCGAGGCGGUGCGCGGGGAGGGGCAGCGCCGGAGCCUGCGCGCGCACUGUUCUCGCGUCAGUCGCUGGGCGGCGGUAGCCGGCGCACGGUCGAUAUCGCCUGGCCAUGCUGCCUGCACGCGCUUCCGCGCUGUGAAGAGACCAGAGGUCAGUGACAUGUGUGUGUAACAGGGUCAACUCAUCAUGUGCCUUGGGGAACCUGUACCGGUUGUAAUGCGAAUGCUGCUUUCAUAGGAUUUUUUUACAAUAAUGCGGCAAUCCAAUGGAGUCUAGCUUAGGCAAAACUAAAGCCGAUUCAUGUCAUGCGCUGAUUUCCAACGCUAUGCUAACUUUACGUGAGGGGUACGGCGGGUGUGGGCGGCGGCGCGGCGCGGGCGGGGCGGGGUCGCGCGGCAUGCGGCGGCGCCCGCUGCUGCCGCUGCUGCUGCUGGCGCUGCUGCGCGCGCACGGCCUGCUCGCCGCCUCCGGAGAAGCUGAUUACACACUGGACGAUUCAUUUUGGAAUGAAGAAAGCCCAGUCGGUGAAGUCGAGCGGCUGCUACGCGAGUACCGACAGAACCAGGAGCUAGUGCGGAACAUCGGUGCCCACUACUAUCAGAUCAUCUACCCAGUGCAGCUGCGUCAUCACGAGAAGAUGGGCAUUUCCACGCGCGAGGUCAACGCGCAGAAGGGACGCGGCUAUGGUUCAGACUACCAACAGGGCACACGUUCGCGUGCUAGGACUGGCAAACACUUUCAUCGGACUUCCCUCCUCAUCAAAGCUUUCAACCAUAAGUUCAGAUUAGACCUCGAGCUUAACACGCAACUGCUAGCACCUAACCUGAAACAAACACACUUCCUGUCCAACGGCGUUGAAACUGAAAUAAGACAAGAAAUCGAACACUGCUACUACCACGGCACAGUGAAAGACUACCCGGGCGCAUCGGCGGCGUUCCACACUUGCAACGGCGUAUCUGGCGUCAUACACAUCGGGAACGAGACUUUCGUCAUACACCCGUUCUACGGAGGAGAUCUCUCGAAGCACCCCCAUGUCAUCUUCGAGGCGCGAACGAAGGCGAACAAGGGUUGUGCCAACAAGCUAGAAUACCGCCCGAAGAGCCGCCGGACCAAACAUGUCUCGUUCGUCGAGACGCCGAUGGCUGAUGACCCCAUUGCUGUCGUAGAAAGAACGCCCCGCUCAAAGGAGGGCGACUGGCGGUGGUGGAAAGACGCCGGUCUUCGGGAGCUGAAGCGACGCAGAAGAGACGUUCGAGAGACAACGAAGUACAUAGAGACGGCGCUCGUGAUCGACCGCGCGAUGUUCGAGCGACGGAACGGCAGCACGCGCUCAGAAGUCGUGCAUGACGCCAUACAGGUCGCCAACAUCGCUGAUUUAUAUUUCCGGACCCUAAACACGCGGGUAUCCCUUGUCUACAUCGAGUCGUGGCAGGGCGGGGACCAGGCGGACAUAGAACGCAAGCAGGACAUCACACGCGCCAUACUUAAGUUCAACGAUUAUACGUCGAGAAAGCUCUUCAAGAUUGAAAAGGACACCACGCAGCUUCUCACUGGCCUGUCAUUCCCCGGUGGAGAGUCCGGCAUCUCUGUACCAGAUACGGUGUGCACGCCCAAGUCCGUGGGUAUCUCCGUCGACACCAACACGUAUGAGCCGCAUCUGCUCGCCGGAACGAUGGCGCAUAUGAUCGGACAUAACAUCGGAAUGGGUCACGAUGACGGCCGCGAGCAGUGCUUCUGCCGGGACUGGCAUGGCUGCAUCAUGGCGCAGACCAUCGUAGGCCUCGACCACGUACAGCCUUAUAAGUUCUCCGACUGCUCAAAGAACGACUACAUCAACGAGCUCCGGAUAGGCCAGGGGUUGUGUCUGCUGAACAAACCUAAUGAGCUAAUCGUCCACCGCCAAUGCGGCAACGGCCGGAUCGACGAGGGUGAAGAGUGCGACUGCGGGGGCAUCGACGAGUGCCAAAAGACCAACCCCUGCUGUGACCCCAUCACCUGCCGGCUGACCAAAGAGGCGCAGUGCGCUUCGGGAGAGUGUUGUGAACAGUGCCAAUUGAAACCACGCGGCGUGACUUGCCGCGAUGCCGCCAACGAGUGUGACCUGGAAGAAACGUGUACAGGCCUGACUGGUGUAUGUCCCCCUGAUGGGUACAGGAAGAAUGGAGAACUAUGCGAAGAAGGCAAGGGCUACUGCUUCGCGGGCACCUGCCCCACCCUGUCCACGCAGUGCGCCAACAUCUGGGGCCCGGGCACCACGGGCGCCGACAAGGAGUGCUUCGAGCAGUUCAACUCCAAGGGCGCCGUGACGGGGCAUUGCGGGAAGGACAGCAAUGGAUACAUCAAGUGUGAGAUGGAGAACGUCAAAUGUGGUUCACUGCAGUGUCAACUAGGGAACCGAUAUCCCGUGGUGCAAGGCAUGGACGAGUACUACACAAGGACAGUUAUUACCAUCAAGGGCACUGAAUAUGAGUGCAAAGCUACGACCGGCCUGCCCGACCACCCUGAAAUCAGCCCGCUGGGUCUGGUGAGCGACGGCACCCCGUGCGGCGACAACCUCGUCUGCGUCAACCAGACUUGCACCUCCAUCUUCCCGUAUAUCGACCAUACCAAGUGCCCCAGCGGGCAUAACAACAACGAAUGCUCCGGGAAAGGGAUCUGCUCGAAUGCGAACAAGUGCGUCUGCAGCCGCGGCUGGACCGGUCCAGACUGCUCGCAGCCGGAUGCCCUGCCCCCCACCCCCACCGCCUGGGUUCCCGACAACGCCACCAAGGCCGCCUACAACAUGACCAAGAAGGAAACACCGUAUGAGAACUACCACGGCUCGAACACGGUGUUCCUCGUGGCGGUGCUAAUGUCUGUGGUAGGGGGGGUAUUCAUAGUAUUUGCCCUGAGCGCUCUCUGCUACAGGUCAGUCGUAGUACACAAAAACUUCUCCCUGUGCCUAAGGAAAAAGAGCACCAUGCCGAAGUACGACCCGCCCUACGUGAAGAAACCCAUCGCGAAGAGUUUCGGCGCCGGCUCCACCACCAGCAACAACUCUCAGGAAGACAUCUCUUUAGAAGGCGGGAAGAUGCACUCCUUCAACAAUACCUUCAGAAAUCUCCUAAGCCGAGGUGACUCCCAGCGAGUAAUCUUCAGACACGGGAAUCACAUGUCGGGGCCUGGCAAUACUAGUAGAUAUCCAGAUCAUAAACAAAUGAAACGUGUUCAUUCGGGUAGUGAGGACGAGCCUACGCAUUCAGGCGAAGAGGACAUCGCCUUCAUCGACGUGCAAACCAACUCGAUGGCGAAGGUGCCCGAGAAGGGAAUACUAAAGAAGCACGCGUACGGGGCGGUGGACGGGAAGGACAAGUGGGGAGACGACAGUCAGAGCGAGCACCUGGAGGCGGGCUCGCAGUCCGACGGCCAGGAGCCGGCUGGCGCGGUGGCCGAUAUGGAGUAUAAGUUUAAGGAUUUGAACGGCUACCACGAAGGUAUCAUCGUGGCGCUAAAGACUGCAGCAGCGCAACGCGCCAGCGCCGGGGGCUCCGCCGUCGGCUCCGGCGACCUGCGCGCGCUACAAGAAUACGAAUACAAGCGCGAGCGCGCAUCCAGCGCGGAAAAGAUCCACGAAGCGGAACUCAGGAGACAGAGAGGAGGCGAAGAAGAGGAGGACGACGCGCCGUCUUGUGGGCCCAUUAGGAUCAGGAAUUUGGAAGAUUUGAUUAGGCAGCUGGAGCACCACUCGAGCAGGCACAUGAGUCCGUCGGGCUCCGAGGAUAUAAGGAUGUCGGAGACUGAGGCUGAUAGGCAUUAUAGGAUCGAGCCUGGAGAAGUGCCAGCUAACCGCUGCCGCGGCCGGAUUCCCGGCGAGGAGGAGUCCCGCUUCGGCUACCCGCGCUUCCGCGGCAGCGGGCGGCACCACGCGCCGCUGUUCCCGGGCCACAUGCACCCGCACAGCCCGCACGCGCGCGCGCCGCCCGACGACGACGCGCUCUACGAGACGGCGGACGCGGAGCGGCUAAGGGACGCGCCCGAUAGUGAGAGUGAUGAAUUUAUUCAAGCUCAACAACAGUUAGCCCGGUGGGCGAGUGAAGACGCGGUGCCGGCGGCGGCGCGAGACAGGGAGAGAGAAUACUUCCCGUCGCCCCCCGGCAGUUCCAGCAGCGACGCGACUAUCCGGCGCCCGCUGGCGCCCGGCGCGAGUGGCGCCCCGGGCGCCCCGGGCGGCCCGGCGCCGUCCGCGACACCCGCGUCGUCCUCCUUCCCCGAGUACAAGCACUGACCGCGCGCUGCCGCUGCCGCGCCACCGAGCUGUGACCGCGCGCACGCAUUCUAAACCUUUUAGACGUAGUGGUACGAGGUAGUCGCCUGCGCGGCGCCCCGGGCGCCAACCCGAGCGUUGGCGAUUUCGCGAAGCUCGAUCCCAGCGUUUUAGCGUCGAUGAGAUAACCCUGUUGAAUUUAAAUGUUCGGAAAAGUACUCUAUCCGAGUCAAAUUUAAGGCAAAAUCUAUUACACCACAUUUUUUGAUAAAAACUUGUCUAUCCUUUACCAUAAUAAUAAUUACUAAAUGUCUAUGUCUAUCGAACAUAAAUCGACUGAACAUAACAAAAGACGAAAACUCAGAUCAGAACAUUUUAAAUUCGAGAAAAUGGUUAGGGUUAUCUUUUUGACGCAUAUUAAUGACCAAAUGUGAGUGUAGGUUAGAGCGUCAUUAUUUGAGAUACCUAAGGAAUUUUGUAUUCAGACUGCCAACGGUGGUACAGAUUUUAAAAGUUCGAUAUUUGACGAUAUGUUGAAUCACUACAAUUUGGUAUGUAAGAAAAUAUUAAAUUUGAGAGAUUAAUGUUCCGUGAAUACUGUGAAUAAGUGAGUCUUAUAGUUUAGUCAUAUAUCGUUUAGCUUUACUGAAAUGUAGUAGGCGCAAUACUACUACAACCAAUACUGCCAGUAAGUAAGUGAGACUUAUUUGAUGUGUGAAGUGGAAAAAUGUGUGUCAGAAAUGACCCAGUAAUCUAUCGUUAUUCCGUAUUUGAGUUCUAAUGUCUGAUGAGGACAAUUAGAAUUCCAACAUUAUGAAAUUUACAUAAUAUUAAGUUGUGAAGGGCGUUCAUGUUAAUUCGAGCCUUGUAUCUAUUUUUUUAUUGUAAUAAAUUACUAUUCACCGAAGCUCGCGUAUGAGAGUAAGUAAUUAAAAUUAAUUAAUAUUAAAUUUUCCUAUUUUAUAAAGUAACCAAUGAAAAGUGGUCUAUAAGGUAAGCAAUAUCACCAGCUCCACAGGGUACAAGGAACAUAAACGCAUUACGCUAAAAAAGCCAACACUAUUCAGUUUUAAAGUUUCUGAAUGCUCACUUUGUAAAAAAAAUAUUGUGUGGCACUGGUAUUACUACCUCUAGCUGUACAAAGUCAAAAUAAAUCGGAGUAAAAAUAGAUAACUGAUGAAUUGCUAGUCCUUCGAUUAGGAUAAGUCGUGUGUGUCUAUUUUAAUCUUCAUGAAAUCGCCAACUCUCGUACUAGCCCCGCGGCGUGGCGCCGGGCGUUAUCAAUUAUUGUAUGCACUGGGUUCCAACAACGCGGGUGCCUAAGACGCCUGGCGGUUGGACCCCACAGGCGCCACGGUGCGGGCCGCGAAGGCGCCCGCGGCGGCCCCGCGUACGCCUUAGGCUAAUUCGAUGUAACAUGUUGCACUGUUAGGGUAAUCACGUUACGAAUAGUUAACCGUUAGAACACAAUAAUAUUUCACACGUAGCUAAUGAAAUAAAUGAAUAGCGAAUGAAUGUAGGAGGCGCAGCGCAGCGCCAUUCCGCUGUGAAUACGUAUGUAGUUAUUGUUAGAAAAUCGUGUACAUAUACUGAAGUAUGAAGUAUUAAAUGCACAUUUAUUAUGAUUGACUGACUAUAGGAAAAUUAGAUUAAACUGUUGAAUGUAAGUUGAAUGAAGCGCGCCGCGCUCUUCUGUCGCAGUAACUGUUACGUUAAAAUGUUUAAUAAUUAUAUUUGUUCUAUUAAUAUGAUACGCUUUAUAACUCUUAUCUCUGUUUGUAGCGGGGCUAGGGCGCGGGGCGCGAGUGCUAGACCUAAGCGUAAGUUAGAGUAAGCUCGUCGUUUUAUGGUAGUAUAAGAGCUGUGCGGUGUCGAGGUCCCGCGAGGCGUGGAGCUCGCGUUCGAUCUUCCGACCGUCGGAGCUCAAGUAGCUUUGAUUUAGAUAGGCUAUUAACAAAUUGAACACUUAUUAUUAAGCGAAGCUUUAAUGUAACGUGUGUUAGUUUGAAGGAUGUCGAUAUUCGAUGCAGAAGGCGAGCUCAACGUCUGGCCCGAUGGCGAUGCGUUUCUUGGUUAGCCUAAGUUAAAUAAGUUGUGAAGAGUGCUUGUCAGACUUGCUCAGCGUGUGUCGAGUAUCGAAGUGGGCGAAGAGCAACCGUCCCGGAGUCACCCCGGUGUGACACCGCCACGGUAUCAUUACAGUUUAAACUCUCUGAUCAACCCUGCGCGUACAGUAUUCCACGUAAGUAUCAAAACACUGUAGUCCUUGCAACGGCAGGGUCGCCAUGAUGCCGUGGUCGGUGUGACGCCUCUCCGAACACGCCCCACUUCACACUGCGUCAUUUGUUACAUCGCGUUUAAGGAAUUUUAAACUAAGCAACAUAACACCAAUAUCAAAAUCAAAGUUCAAAUUCCUUUUUUAUACUCUGUUGUUUAAAUUGACAUGGCAGAUUCGUAAAUAAACUUAUUAUACUUACUCUCUCUCUCUCUCUCUCUUUUCUUUUUUACUUGUGUUAUAUUUUAAUGAGAAAUUUUAAAAUAUCCAAAUGUAAGUUUAUUGGUAUCCUAAUUGUGUGCUUGAACAAUAUGUAGGUAAUAUUUAGUUAGUUAUACGCAAUAUUGGGGAAAACAGAUAAAUAACAAAAAUUAGGAAUGCGUAUUUUAUUUUGCACAACUUAUCCAUGC